CAGGGCAAAUUGACCUUUGCAGACGGCUCCAAAUACGAGGGCCAGUUCGAAUCUGAUCGAAAGCACGGCGUUGGAAAGUACACCUACAGCAAUGGUUCCACCUAUGAAGGCCAGUGGAAAAUGGAGGUGCAAGAUGGCCAUGGAAUAGAGAAACUGGUCGAUGGCUCUGUCUUUGAGGGCCAGUUCAAGAAUGGCGACAAGAGUGGCAAGGGCAAAUUCACCUGGAACACUGGUGGAUCCUAUGAGGGUGACUUUGAUGCCAACGAUAUGCAUGGAGAAGGCCAAUAUCAGUGGAGUGAUGGCCGUUCCUAUACCGGGCAAUGGCGAAGGAAUCAUAUGGGUCCAUAUGGCACCAUGAAGUGGACAGAUGGGCGAUGCUAUGAGGGCCAGUUCAGAGAUGGCAAGAAGCAUGGAGAAGGCAAGCUUUCUUGGCCUGAUGGACGAUCCUACACAGGUCAGUGGGACAGUGGCCGACAGCAUGGAGUUGGGGUAGCAGUUACCGCCAAAGGCCUUUCAAAAAAUUCCCAGUGGGAGCACGGCAACUUCAUCUGCUGGCUGGAGGAACCUCCCGAGGUCACAGGCGAGACCAAAACCUGAGACCAAGACCUGGCCUGGGAUUAAGGCAACAGCCAAGAACUGUCGUGAAAAAGUAGAAAC